CAGACAGCUGUGAAAAUCUGAUAAUAUUCCUUGUGCAAACUCCUCCAUCAGUCAGUUUGGGCUUUGAAGCCUGAGGAGCUUCCACGGUGAGGAGUCAAGGACAACAUUUGUUCGCCAUGUCCAUCAGAAGGUUUAGGAGCACCCCGAAAACCGUGAAGGAUGUUAACAUGGUGACAGAGGAGCUGAAGAAUCUUUAUUACAAGAGGCUGCUGCCGAUAGAGAAACACUGCUCUUUCCAUCACUUUCACUCACCGAGCUAUGAGGAUGCAGACUUUGACAACAAACCGAUGGUGCUGGUGAUGGGUCAGUACUCCACGGGGAAGACGACUUUUAUCAGGUACCUCAUCGAGCAAGAUUUUCCUGGUAGCCGAGUUGGCCCAGAGCCAACCACCGACAGCUUCACUGCCCUCAUGUACGGAGAGGAGGAGCAAGUCAUCCCGGGGAAUGCCCUUACAGUGGAUCCCAAAAAGCCCUUCCGCAACCUUGACCCGUUUGGAAAUUCGUUUCUGAAUAGGUUUCAGUGCGUCCAGUUGCCAAAUCAGGUCCUUGAGAGUAUCAGCAUAAUUGACACACCAGGCAUCUUAACGGCUGCUAAAAGAAAACUGAGCCGAGGCUACGACUACCCAGCAGUGCUGCGCUGGUUUGCAGAGCGUGUGGAUCGGAUCAUCCUGCUGUUUGAUGCACAUAAACUGGAGUUCUCCGAUGAGCUCACGCGCGCUUUCGGUGCUCUGUGCGGCUAUGAGGACAAGCUGCGUGUGGUUCUCAACAAAGCCGACAGGGUGGACUCUCAACAGCUCAUGCAAGUGUACGGGGCCCUCAUGUGGUCGCUGGGGAAAGUGUUUCGAACCCCUGAGAUCUUGCGGGUUUAUAUUGGAUCUUUCUGGUCAGAGCCGAGGCAGAUGUGCGACCACUACCAGCUGAUAGAGCUGGAGGAGGAGGACCUCCUGCAGGACAUACGGAACCUGCCACGUAAUGCGGCGGUUCGCAAGCUGAACGACCUGGUGAAGAGGGCGCGAUUAGUGCGGGCUCAUGCACAUAUAAUCAGCUAUCUGAAGCAGGAGAUGCCAGCACUUUUUUGCAAAGAAAGCAAGAAACACAGUUUGAUCUACCAGCUUCCAAUGAUUUUCACCAAGAUCCAGCAACAACAACGAGUCCCAGCUGGCGACUUCCCUGACUGCACCAAGAUGCAGGAGAAACUUUUGGGUCAAGACUUCUCAAAGUUCAAGACGCUGAAGCCAAGUCUGAUGGCAUCCUUGGAGAAACUGCUCACCACUGACGUAGCCAACCUGGUGCCCUUACUCCAAAAACAGGAGCAGAGGAAGAAAUCCCUGCCUGGCAUGCUGGACGGAGAGUUUUUGGGAACGUUCAGGCGUGAUCAUUUCAAGAGAGAUCCCUUCAAGGAACUCCCCAAAGACAAUGAGAGCAGUGAGGCCGACUUUGACGAGUGGUCCGUGGAGAAAUAUAAACCUAAAUAUGAUGAGAUUUUCUACAACCUAAGUCCACAGGACGGCAAACUUAGUGGCACCAAAGUCAGAGAGUGGAUGAUGACCACUCUCCUGCCCAACUCUGUGCUUGCUCAUGUCUGGAAGCUGUCUGACGUAGAUGGGGAUGGUAUGCUGGACAAUGAGGAGUUUGCUCUGGCAGUCCAUCUUAUUGAGGGAAAACUGGAGGGCCACUGGCUACCGAGAGAGCUUCCUUCUCACUUGGUUCCUCCAUCUAAACGGUCGAGUACACCGAGUGAUGUAUCAGAGUGAUGCAUCAUAAGGAGAUGGAAAGCUCAAUAUACAUUAAAUGUAAUAUUUGUACAAAAAUGUUAAGAUAUCAGCCAAUAUGGUCACAAUAAUUAUCACUAUUAUAUACUUUUUAUACAGAAGUAAUCCAUGGGAAGAAGAAAAUGCACUUCUAGUUAUUAUCAAUCACAUGGACGUUCCUUAUUUGGCUGAUGCACUGAGCAUUUUAAACUUUUCUAAUAAGUAAAUGCAUUUUGUUACUAAUGUCAUUAAAGAUUGUAAUCUUGCUGA